AUGGACCAAGAAACCAUCGUCCCUCAGCCGACGGGCAGUCGCUACGCCUUUAACGGCGAGAUGCUUCUCAUUGCCGCCAUCGUUACCGUCUUCCUCUUCCUCCUCUUGCUUAUCGCCUUUCACCUCUACGCCCGCUGGUGGCUCCGCCGCGGCGCCUCCCCCGCUGCCUCCCUGAGCGCCCGCGUCGUGUUCGUCGCCGACGAACGCCGCGCCGGCCUAGAUCCGGCGGUCCUGAGCGCGCUCCCGGUUUUUGUAUUCUCCGCCGCGCCGCCACAGGAGGGGCGGCCCCUAUUGGAGUGCGCCGUGUGCCUGUCGGAGUUCGAGGAAAAGGAAAUCGUUCGCCUGCUACCAGGCUGCGGCCACUCCUUCCACAUCGAAUGCAUCGACAUGUGGUUCCACUCCCACGCCACCUGCCCCCUCUGCCGCUCCCCGGUAGAGCCUCCGCCGGUCCCGUCCGAGCCGACCGCGGUCGCAGUGGUGGUGGAGGUGGCGGGGGAGGUGGGAUCCAUCGCGUCCAGGAUGUGCGCCGAGUGUAGCGGGAGCAACGCCGGCGCAGCGUCGUCCAGCAGGCGGGGGAAGGCGGUGGAUGUAAGGAUAGAGGUGGGGCCGUCAAGGCGGGUGGAGCUAGAAAACGAGUUGACUCAGCGCUCGCCCGUGAGCCGGCUGCUAUCCUUCAAGAGAUUGCUGAGCAUGGGAAAGAGAUCUCCGCGGGCGGAGAGCAGCAACGGAUGUGGGGCCGCCGAGUUGGAUUUGGAGGGUGGACUCGGGGAGCCGUCCCGAGUUUACACGCCGAAGUGA